UAAACAGCUGAUUUUCAGUUUCCUUGUUUGUGCAAAAAUAUUUAAUUUUAUUUGUUAACUUUCAAAAUGUUUAUUCUAUCUCAAUUCAGAUACACAAAAUAUGUUGCUAUUUUAAGAAAUCGUAGUUGUUUUAUGCGGCAUUCCUCGAACAAACACUUCCAACAGAGCAAGUUAGGUUUGUCAAAAUGCGACACAUUAAUGAAAAUGGAUGGAAUACCGGCCGAAUACAGACUUGUCUACCGUGCACCAAUGGAAUCAUACAUUGCGAUUGCUAAAAACAUAUCUACAAUUACAACAAUAGUCAUUUCAGCUGCUGCAGCGUAUACCGCAACUAACCAAUACAAACUUGUGGCACCAAGUUACGAAUCUUUGGGUUUAGUAACCCAAACAAGCGAUAUUUGGUAUUUUUCAGUAGGUUUUGUUAUGAUAACACUCAUAAUAAGACUCUUUGUUGCCAAAUAUCCCUUGCGCAUUUAUCGUGCAAAUGAAAAAUAUAUUGCUGUAUAUGACUCCCAGAUACCUUUCCGGCCAUCUAAACACACGUUUUGUAAAGGGGAUGUAGCAGAAGUGAAUAGUAAAUUUAAUCCAUGGGGUGAUAGUACUUACUACUUGGGCAAACGAAAGUCAUUAUUAUUGAGCCGGUAUUUUAGAACACCAGCCGACUAUAACGAAAUGCUCGGCUAUAAUUAGUGUCAUCUUUAAAACAAAUUUCGUUCUUUUAUUUGAAUAUCUUGCGAGAAUAAUUACAAAAUAACACUGAAAUAUUUAAUUAGAAUAAACAUAAAAACAUAAGAAUAAAGUA